GACUUCCAAAAACACAUCUCUUCAUAACUUCUUCGUUGCCUUGGCAAGAACUUGGAAUCCUUUCAUCAUCAUUCUUUCAAACUCUCAAGAUGGGUGACAUUGGUCAAGAUGCCAAGAACAUUGUUAUCAUAGGCGGUGGUAUUAUUGGCGUUUCUACAGCUUACUGGCUAACUCAACACCGGCUGUACGAUCCAUCGAUUCAUAGCAUUGCAAUUCUAGAAGCUGCAGAAAUAGCCGGGGGAUCUUCUGGAAAAGCUGGAGGCUUAUUAGCAUCAUGGGCAACACCUUCUUGUCUCGCUCCUCUUAGUUUCAAACUACACACCGAACUCGCUGAAAAGUAUAAGGGGAGUUUAUGUUGGGGUUAUCGCCGUGUUCACUGUGCUGAUGCGGCCUUUGAUACACGGAGCAAUACUUCAGCGAAUGAAAGUAUCGAUCGCUUUGAAAUAUUGAAAUGGAUCAAUAGGUCUGGCGUCAAAGAAUUCUCCGAGAUUGGCAAACCAGACAACACGGCUCAAGUUCAUCCAGAAUCCCUCACCAACUAUCUUUUGAUCCUCGCCCAGGCUAAAGGUGUAAAGGUUAUCAUAGCACCUGCUACAUCGAUUAAUUACUCGUCGAACAACAAAGCAGUCCGUUCCGUCGAGUAUAGUGAGCAUGGAAUUAAGAGGCAAAUUCGUGCAACUGAAAUAAUCAUCGCAGCUGGUCCCUGGUCAUCUAAAUUGCUUCCCCGUAUUCCAGUAUAUGGCGUUAGGAGCCAUAGUAUCUUGAUGAGGCCUUCAAAAUCACUAAGUCCUUACGUUUUGUUCCCAGUCUUUGACCCGCCAAUCUCGAAGAAAUCCCCAGAGUAUAAGGAGAAAGACUCAAUGCAAUGGAAGGACAAGGAAACCAUCAUAGAUAAUAUAGAGAUUUACCCUCGUCCCGGCCCACCAUUUGACGCCGAAGAGAUUGUUUACAUUUGUGGCCCCAGCGACUAUCCACCACUACCAGAAAGCACAAAUGAAGUUCUAGUGGACUCAAAUAUGAUUGCGGGCAUACGAAACGCAGCAUCGACAAUUUCCCCAGAAAUUAAAAACGGUGAAUUCGUGCUAGGCCAAGCAUGCUUCAGGCCCCAAAUUCAAAAACAUGCAGAGGGAGAAGCGGUAGGCCCAAUCGUGGGAGGUGCCCCAGGUGUAACAGGACUAUGGGUAGCGACUGGACACGAUGAGUGGGGAGUGCAAAAUUCCCAAGGAACUGGAAAGAUUCUUGCUGGAAUGGUGAUGAGGGAUGAGCUCGAAGGUGUGGAUGUAAAGGCUCUUGAUCCUUGCAAUUUCUUUGGGGAGUAAACAUGGGGUAUUGCUUAAAAUUAGGUCCAAGUACGUGCUUGAAGGAUUUCGUGUGGUAUUUGAGUGCUUUCAUUACGCGGUUUUGUUCGGGUGAUGUGUACUCACUUGGACCAUUGGGUGGUAUUUUAUAUUGAGUUGAUGUCUACCACAAGUUUCAAGAACGUUACGUUUAACAUUCAAACAGAAUUCGAAUAUUAGAAAGCUGUACAUAUAUAGCCAAUCGUUUGAGUCCUCACAAGGUGUGGACAACGCCCUACUAUCUGUUGACUGCCA